CCUCAGUAUGUAGUAGAGGAGGCUCGUCUUCAAACGGAGGAUGGACUGCACUUCACGGACACUAUAAUGGACUCUAACAUACACGAGCUUAAGUGCACUUUGCGGAUUUAAAUGGUAUUUCGGUCCAUUUUUCGACAGUUUUCCCAACGAGUCUGACCUGUGACCGAGUUUUUGUUUUCUUUGCGCUGCAGCUCGUGGAUGAUCCAAUAUGACUUUUACCAAAUGGGCGCUGGUCGGAGCUUAGUGCUGAUCCAUCGUAGAGCACUAUGAGUACAUGACAACAAGCAGCCUUUAAUCCAGAAAGGAUUCCUCUUCUCUGUGCUAAGAGUCUGCUAACCGUGUGUAAGGACCACUGGGAGUACAAGAAUCAAGUCAAGGACACGUUUACUCCCCCUCAGCCUGCAGGAAGAUGGGAGUGAGAAAAUAAAGCUCUGCGGAGUCAAGAGGAGCUUAAUGAAUUCCAAGGCAUCUUAAAACAAAGUGUGCAUUUGUGUAUGUCUGUGUGAGAGGAUCAGGCAACCAUGUGGACAUUAGCUGCGACUGUCCACUGUUUUCUGGCCGCUGCACUACUAUUGGCUAGCUGCCUCCAAUCGCUGAUGGCCACUGAGGAUGAUGUCACACCGCGCAUCAGUUUCCCUUACAAUGCAAAGGAGAGGUCGGCCAAGAGAUUCUCUGUGGACAGCGUCUUCAAUUACACCUCUUUGCUGCUCAGCCAGGAGGACGACAUGCUGUACGUUGGAGCCAGGGAAGCGCUGUUUGCCCUCAGCCUCUCGGACAUCAGCAAGACCAAGCUGCAGAAGAACCUGACGUGGGGCACUCCUGCUGGAAAAAGAGAGGAAUGCAGCUUCAAAGGGAAGAACCUGGAGACUGAUUGCUUCAAUUACAUCAAAAUUCUCCUGCGGCUGAACAGCACUCAUCUCUAUGUGUGUGGCACCUAUGCCUUCAGUCCUAUUUGCGCCUACAUAAACACGUCAACAUUCACGCUGGAGAGAGACGACGUGGGUGAGGUCAUGAUGGAAGAUGGGCGCAGUCGCUGCCCCUUUAAUCCAGAGUACAAAUCCACCGCCAUCAUUGUUGAUGGUGAAUUGUACACUGGUACUGUCAGCAACUUCCAAGGGAAUGAACCAGUCAUUUACAAGAGUCUGGGUCAGGGAACUGCUCUUAAGACUGAAAACUCUUUAAAAUGGCUGCAAGAUCCAGUCUUUGUUGGGUCGGCUUAUAUUGAGGAGAGUCAGCCAAUAGGCAACCCCGUGGGAGACGAUGACAAGAUUUACUUCUUCUUUAGCGAGGCGGGAAAAGAAUUCGACUUCUUUGACAACACCAUUGUGUCGAGGAUCGCUCGCGUGUGUAAGGGGGAUAAAGGCGGUGAGCGGGUACUGCAGAAGAAAUGGACCACCUUCCUGAAGGCACAGCUGCUGUGUUCCCUCCCUGACGACGGCUUCCCCUUUAACAUCAUUCAGGACAUGUUUGUCCUGAAGCCCAUGGGAGACAGCUGGGAGAGCACCGUCUUCUAUGGCGUCUUCACCUCCCAGUGGUAUAAAGGAGCGUCAGGCAGCUCAGCGGUGUGCGCUUUCACCAUGGCACAGGUGGAAAGAGCCUUCAGCGGGCGCUACCGAGAGGUCAACAGGGAGACGCAGCAGUGGUACACCUACAACCACCCAGUGCCAGAACCACGGCCCGGGGCGUGCGUGACCAACCACGCCAGGCAAAUGGGUAUUCAGUCGUCCUUGCACAUGCCUGAUAAAGUGCUCAACUUCGUCAAGGACCAUUUCCUGAUGGACAGCGUGAUCCGCAGCGCUCCCCUGCUGCUGAAACGCAGCGUGCGCUACACACAGAUCGCUGUGCACAAGAUCCAAGGCAUGGAGAGGGCCUACGACGUGCUCUUCAUUGGAACGGAUGAUGGAAAGCUCCACAAGGCCAUCAAUGCCAACGAUAAGAUGCACAUCAUAGAGGAAAUGAUUCUUUUUCCUGAGCCUCAGCCUGUGCAACACAUCGAACUCGAUCCUCAGAGGGGUCUGUUGUUUGUGUCAUCCAACUCUGGGCUGGUGGAGGUUCCUGUGGCCAACUGCUCCAACUACCUGAGCUGUGGAGAGUGCGUGUUGUCCAGAGACCCCUACUGCGCCUGGACCGGGCGCCUGUGUCGGGACGUCAGGAUGGCUCCACCUGACAGUCACUGGCAGCAGGAUGUGGAGGAGGCUGAUACAUCAGCUAUUUGUAACAGGACGUUUCCCAGCACCAGAUCUACCAGACCAGCAGCUUCUCGUGGCUCCCAUUGCCAGCUCAUUACAAUCCCAGCCAACACAUUCAGAGUGCUGCCCUGUAAACUGCGGUCCAACCUGGCACAGAGGAGGUGGCGUUACAGUGACAGCGCCAGCCAGUUCCUCUACGCUACUCCCGAGGGAAACCUGGUAGUUGUGGCUCAGGCCGACAGGAUCGAGACCUACGAGUGCUGGUCAGAGGAGGAGGGUUUCCACCAGCUGUUGGCUAACUACUGUGUGAGGGCGGAGCCCCGCCAGGAAAGCACCACUCUGAUUGGCCACUCACGCACACCGCACAUUGAGCGAGAAGAGACCAUCAUCCUGCCCGGCGAGUCUCGUUCUGAGCAGGUCCACACGAAGACAUACUGGAACGAACUGAUUGUAGUGUGCGCCCUGCUGGCGUUCUCCUUCGUGGUGUUCUCCUUGUUCGUCAUCUACAGGAACCGGGAUCAUAUGAAGUCCAUGCUGAAGCAGGGCGAGUGCCCUAACAUGCAGCAGAAGAAGCCGAGGAUAGUGGGAAAGCCUGCUGAGAGCUUACCCCUAAACGGUAACACCAUCCCAGUUUCCACUUCUGACCACAAGGGCUACCAGACGUUAAAUGACAACUACAUCUGCAGCACACCCACCCAUGAGUCCUCGCCAGACAACAGCAAGAGCUUCUCAGAGUCCUCCGACAGGCGGCCGCUUAACUUGAAGGAGAGCCACGUGGAAUAUUCCCCGACCUGCCCUCGGCCCAGAGUGAGGCUAGGCUCGGAGAUCAAAGACUCCAUCGUGUGAGAGCACAGUAUUCUCUAAAAGAUGCCAUUGAAGGAUACAGGCCACCGAGCAAAGGAGAGGAGACCCUGACAUCCUUCUACAUCACAGCGCAUCUUUUAUUUUAGUCAUAUUUGUUCUGUGAUCAGUGCGGAGGUCAUUUCGUUUAAUCAUUUCCACUCCGAAGCCAGAGGUUGGUCUGGUUUGCUGCAUAGGGCAGGAAGAGGAAGCUCACGAACCAUGGCCGCUGCUAAGAAAAGUUAUAACAGUUUUUUGGGGUUUUUUUGAGUUAUUCUCAUGGCCACUAAUGUGUGCGAGAGUAGAGCUGGGCAAUAUGGAGAAGAAAAAAUAACACAAUAAACAGAAGGAAUUCUUCCAAUGUCAGUAUGUAUCACAGUAUCUCUUUAGGUAUGCAAAAUCCAACAUUAAAUUCUCUUUUUGAUCUCCUUUUGAUCUCCAUCACAUGAUAUACUAAAAAGAGUAGACAAUAAAUAAUCAGUACUGAUAUGUUGCCCAGCCCUAUUUUAGUAUGUGUAACCUUCCACAUGCUCUGCAGAAGAUGGCUGCCACAGAGUACACUUCUGUUAUUAUGCACAUUAGAACCAAGCCACAGCUACAUGGUUACCAAGAGUUCAGGUUUAGGAGAAUAUAAUACAUAAAUUGCCUAUUCAUUAUGAUCCACACAUUAUGGAAGCAAGUCAGAAGCACAUUUGUUCCCUUUUGCUGAAUAAAUGUCAUGAGAGGAUAAAGACAAUGAAAGAUGAGGCAGACCAGGAGAGUACACCACACCUUGGUUAAAUCGAGCCCUUUUAACAAAAAAUGUGAUCAUAAAUGAUGUUCCAGGGCCUAAAUACUGACAUUUACCUCCUGAAUGUAUGUUGUUGUUCAAAGGUGGUCUGUUUCCACUCACACAUCACUGCACCAUGGACAAUUUAGGGAACUCGUUGCUCUGCAUCUCCGCUCAUCUGAGACAGCCCUGUUCUUCACUAUUGGUCUGCAGGUACCAUGAUGGGCUCAUAAACUGACACAGAUACCCUGUUUUUGAGGCGAAUAUGGAAAAGAGACCUGACAUUGUUGUCAGUCGAAGCGGACAUUACUGACGCAAGGAAAAAGAGGCGACGUCCACAACUUGUUCAGGGCAGCACUGAAGUCAUCAUGUGCACUGUGCCAAAAAACAAAAAGUAACUUUAUUGUCUUCUCGAAAUGCAAUAGUGCCAUUCUGUUAUGACCACUUCCAUGUUUUGUGUUGUCAUUGAUCACUGUCGAAGAGCACAUGGUGAUAGAACCAGAGUUGGGUUUCACAAAAAGUAAAGUGGCACUAAUAAAAAACAAAUGUGUAGUGCAAGGUUGGAAAUUUCUCUAAGACUGUUAGCUCAUAAUGAACUUUUCAGACUGUGUUGACUUUCGUGUAAAAUCUGAACUGGGGCCAAAGGAUAUGGCAUGGAGAUGACUUCAUGUGAAAACUUGUGGUUGUCAGGUGAGAAGAUAUUCCAGUUUUCCUUCAGCUACCCAUAAAGGAGUUAUAUGCCUUCUUAGUAUACACUGAAACAUACAAGUACAACUAGUUUGAGACUAUUGAGCUUUUGAUUAAUUUAAGUGCUAAUAAACCACUCAAAAUGAAAAGUCACCUAAUAACAACUGUCAUUGUAGUGGAGAGAUAAUAUUUAGUGGUCUUUUGUCCAGACUGCAGCUGCACUAUGUAGUGAUGUAGAUGCACAGAGCGCUGUAUUAGCUCAAUAUAAGCCCCCACACCAGGUUACAUUUCUUACAUACAUGGCAUUCACCACACUCAUUCUGAUGUCAAGGCGACGUUAAUGUGAAAGCACAAGUAAUCAGGCACUUGAAUACUCACAGGUUUGCACAUGUCAGUAAAAUUGGAGCAAAUUCUAAGAAAUGCAACUACUGAGAGACAGAAGGUGUGGCUGCUAAGGAAAAUGAUUUUUAGAAAUCAGUUAUUACAGGGACCAGUGCAGCCAUUACGAACACACUUGCACCCACAUUGCUUAGGCUUUUGAGACUUAACAAGCAGAAUUUUCCAAAGAUGUAGGGCACUGAUGGUGUUGUGUAAAUCUGAAUGAGAAACAUUUACGCGGCCAUAGGGACAAUAUGGCACCACAUGUCUUAGAAUACAUCAAUUCACUGUAUUGAUAAAAUAAGCCUACAGUAUAUAUUCCAGUAUCAUACAGAAUAAACAUUUUGCUAUUUCGAACACUGAGCGGAUGACGAAAUGCUAUGUAACUGCUACAAGGUGACAAAGUAAUUGCACAGCAUACUGCGCAACAGUGGUCAGUGUUUCCUUUUUUUCUUUAGUUUUGGUUGUGUAUAUACAGUAUCUGUGCUUAAUAUUGUGUGUUUUUAAGGGACCUUGUGCAAGAUGUGUUGUAGAGAUAGUCUUGAAACUAGAGAGUGAACACUGCUGAUAUUUUGUUUUCAUAGUGCUUUACUGCCUACUUCAGCAUACAUUUCAACUCUUGCACAGAAUACUGCACAUUUCUCACCAUGCUGUUAGUUCAGCACCUGGGCUGGUUUUUAUCAAGCAUGUCAAAGCAGAAGAGGUAUCAGUUUUUUAUUUUCAUGCCAUACUGAAUUAAAGGGGUAUUUUGAUAUUGUAGGAAAUAGGCUUAUUCAAUUUCAUGCCGAGACUUAGACAAGAAGAUCAAUACCACUCUCAUGUCCACACGCUAAAUAUGAACCUACCACCAGCAACUGGUUAUCUUAGGUUAACAUAAAGACAGAAAACAGGGAAAAAUCUAGCCUGGCUCUGAUCAAAUGUAACAAAACCUGUGCACUAACACCCUAGGGUCUUGUCAUCGGCUUGAGGUUACCAGGAAACCAACAGCAACACCAGGAAGUCAGUGCUCCAAGCUAAUAGUCCAGCACAUUACCCCCCAUUAAACCGCAUUUUUACACUUUGGUUUUUGUACAUAGUAAAAAAAUAAAAAAAUAAAUCAAGUUGCAACGUUUUCAUUAGUGAGCUUUAGAGGUGUUGGUAGGCAUAUUUUGUUACCUUUGGACAGAGCCCUGACUGUUUUUCUCCUUUUUCUAGUCUAUGCUAAGCUAACCAACUGCUGGCUGUAGCUUCAUAUUUACAGUACAGACAUGAGAGUGGUAUCUAUCUUCUCAUCUAACUCUUGAAAAGAAAACAAAUAAGUGUAUUUCCCAAAAGGUCUACCUAUUCCUUUAAUUGUGUUUGCUUACUUGCAAGCUGAGACUGACCAAAUAAACCAGAGUAUAACACUUGCCAACAGAUGUAUAACAAGAACAAAUCAGAUUGUAAAAGCCUUGGCACAGAGCAUUGUUUGUCACCAAUGCCAAGACAGAUUUUUUAAACUGUAAAAUGUCUCUCUGGUGGCUGAAUACCCUGCUUUGAGAUGCUUGGUGGAUAACCUCACAACAUAUUUUCAAAAUGCCUUUUAGAUGUCAAGUUGUUCUGCCUUUAGCCAUGUGCCACAUUGUACAUCACCCACCAGUGACCUCACCAACAGAAAUGUGGUGAAUGGUGUGAUUGUAGCCCUCCGUGGGCACACUUAACUCCACAAUGCAACACGGGUCAACAGUAGAUUUACAGAUUCACCCAAGCCACCAUUAACUUAACCUACAAACAAUAAGACUGGGAGCUGCUCAGAAUCUUGUACCAUUCUGCUGCUUUUGCAUGUGUCAAAAGUGAUACUGUGCACAUAGGAAACAUCUCUCUGAAGUGGUCAAUAUUUAAGAAUAAUAAUACUUAAUCUCAUAUGGAAAAGCUGAAGUUACAAUACCAUUUGACCUGUUAACAAUGUCAAAAAGGUAAAUACUGUGUCAUAAACGCAUAUUUAUUAAUGACGCGCUUUUCACUAAAAAAGCCAAUAAUACCAUGGUGAUUGAUGCUUCAUUUUGAGUGGCUCCUCAGUAAUGCAACAUACUGUACUGGACAUGAAUGUAGCCAACUAUAUCACAUUUUGUAGAACAUCUACAGCAGUCUAUUUUCCUAAAAAACGGCUUAAAUAGGCAAUGCAUUGCAACAUCUUUUCAGGAUUUUGUUUAAACGGUCAUAUUACAAAGAAACAGCACAAUAGAAGUAAUUAAUCAUUUGUGCUGUACGAUGUAGUACUGCAGUAAGAUGCAAGCACAGCUCCAAAUCCUCCAUAUCGGCUCAGCCAUGAGACACAGCAACAGCUUUGCCUCAGCAUACUGAACACCAUAAGCUUAGUUGACUGAAUAACUAUUAGACAAAUGUGGUCUUGCCUGCAUGAUUUCUUUUUUUUAUUUGUUGUGUACAAAUAA